CAAGUAAAUAAAAGUCACUUUUUUUCCAUUUCUGUUUUGUUUGAUUUGUCCAUCACUCUUGCUGUUUUUCUUUCACUGGCACUGCACUGACUUCACUCUUUUUGCUUUACUUUGUCAUGCCACUGCAUCUUUUUCACGGGAGUGUUUGUCAGAAAACUGAUACUGCUGUGUUUACAUUGAGGUUUCUAAAUUAACCACAUCUCUGGGACCCCCCGGCGCAAACUGCUGCUCACUCUGCCAACCAACUGGAACCGCGACUUUUAACGCCAGCUCUCGUAACCAUGGCGAGACAUGAUCCUCCUUGGCAACCAGUCCUGGUUGUUCAGGUGAUGACCAUCAAACUGUGCGGACGGUUCUUUCCAGAGUCAAACGGAGAUGAGCGUUUGAUCCGUCUACUCAAAAUGAAAGGCGUAGUCGCUCUGGCUGUGUUGUUGGGAAGUGUUCGUCUCGGACGUCCCUGUGCAAAAGGGGAGUCGGUUUUGUUCUGCUUUGACGCUCUAACAAAUUUCAUCCCUAAUUGUACAACCAUGAUUGUGGCUUUAGCGAACGUUGGAGAAAUCAACUCCACGGUUCUGCAAAGCGUGAGCCUCUCCUCCAUCAGAAAGUUCGAAAGCCAAAACUCGGGUAUCACAGGAAUCGCUGAGAAUGCCUUCAGCUCUUUUUCGCAUCUGAAAAUUCUCAUUUUACAUGGCAACAGUUUGUCCAACGUUAACCAGAACUGGUUCAGAAGCCCUGCUACUAUCACUGAGCUAGAUUUCUCUUCCAAUCUGAUUAAAUAUUUGAACGAGUCGAAUCUGACGGGACUCGCAAACCUCAAGAAGCUCAAUCUGAGCGGGAACAAGAUCCACACCAUCCAUCCAGAUGCCUUCAGAUCCCAGAGGAAGUUGACUGACCUGGAUUUGUCAGACAACCAGUUGACGAGGCUUUCCCCACAGAUCUUCAUGGCUCUAAAGUCUCUAAUGUCCAUCAGACUUUAUGGGAAUCCCUGGAGCUGCUCUUGUGAUGCCCAGGACUUUGUUGACUCUCUGAAAGAACUGAAUACAUCUCUGCUGGUGAAUCGGAUGAGUGUGAAAUGUAAGACUCCUCCACAUCUGGAAGGUCGACCAGUCUUCAACGUGUCUGCGUGUUCGACUGCCACACCUCCAUUGAGGAGUUCAGCGACUCCAACCAGUAAAACUCAAACAACUCGCUCACAGCAAACAUCUGGAAAGACAGAAAGAUCUUUCCAUACCAAAUCCACUACCCCAACUCGAACAACUUCUGCUCUCAUGGCAACACUUUCCUCUUCAGAGACUUCUGAGAGAACAAAACCGCCUGAUGCCACAGCGUCAUCUUCAUCCCCUGGACAUUAUGUGACGACAUUAUCAUCAGUCAUCAGACCUGUAACUACACCUACACGAGUCGUAGGUUCAUCCACAACCUCAAACACAAAGAUCUGCACUCUAAUCGCUGUUAUUGUGGUCCUAUGCGUGCUGCUGCUUUUUGCGUGUUUCAUGGCACUGAUGCAUAGGAGGAAUCGCAGUAACAAAGCUGUGAGGCCUGGAUGUCCAACAGAAGAAGAAGAGAAGCAGGAAGGAGAUGGCGUGUCGAGUCGGGAUCAAUCUGGAUGUCUGGAAAAGGCUCGGAAAAAAUCUUUCGCUGGCAUCAGAGCAAAGUCUGCAAACGCAGUCAUCCUCUCAACUCCUUUCUGUGUGUCUGAGAAUGACAAAGUCACUUCUGAAGACUCUGAAAAAGAGAACCUUGGAGCUGAAAUGGGAGGAGAAGUUCACCCAGAGACUUUCACAACCAGAGACUCGAUGGAGGAGUGUGUGAUGCAAGAAGGUGAUGAUGGAAAUCCCUGUGAAAACCAGGAGUGUGAUCAUGUCAACAUGGACGUUAUACCGUACUUGAGUAUUGGCACCAAGCAGAACAAACCAAAUCCUGAUGAAGAGUCUGCAGAAGGUCCAGGUCAGAGUCAUCAGAGAGGAAAAUUCAUGAGGAUCUCCACCUGGCCUCCUACUGCAGCUCAGUGGCAGGCAAGAUGCAAAGCCAAAGAGGAGGAAGAGGAAGCUGAUGAGUUUACUGUUUGGACUCGGAAUGCAACUGUGAAGGUCUCAGAAGAUGUGAAGAUGAUGAUGGAGCAAUCCAGCAGCAGCUCUAACCGGUGUGAAGACGAGGAAACAAACAUAACUCUGAGUCUUUCAGACAGCUUCAAACCUCUGGAGACUCCUGUCCGCGUGUCGGAGGGGGAAGAAAUGAACCUGGAUCCAGAUUCUGCAACACAGACAGACAUCUGGGUCAGCACCGGCGAAGAGCGGAAGCCCGAAGAACAUCCGGCACAGAAGAAGAGAGAGGCAGGUGUGAGGAAGAACCAGAAGCGGUCUGCGACCGUCAAACAGAGGGCAGAAAACAGAGCCGCCGCUGGGGCGAAGGCGCCCUCUGGUGGCGCCUCUCCAGAUGAUGAAACUCUGCUGUCAGGGAAUGAAUACGCCUUCAUGGACCUGCUUCAUGAAGUGGUUCAGAACAACGGCCGCUGGACGAGAGAGAGGUGGAAACAGAAUAAUAUUAACAAGCAGCGGCGAUGAGAUCAGAUUCAACACUCUUAAGAUUAUCCUGUGAGAGUGGAUCAUUAGUUUAGACAACAGGAUAGUUUCAAGAGUUUCUUAAAAUUAACAUAUUCACUUCCUAUACAAUUUUUUUUCUUCCAUUUGGAUCUCAGCUGCCUGCCUUUUUACUGUAUUUUUUUUCUGUGACAAGCAAAUCUGAUUACGUCACAUUCCACGGGCACUAAGCUGUUGCCUAGCAACCCCAGCUGAGCCCAACCCAUCACCUAAUAACACAAGCAGCUCGUUUGGUCAGCUGGUUUUACCACUCCUGGAAAAUACAAGCGUUUUGUUGUUGACUUAUUGUUCUGAAAAUAUUUGCUGCAUUAUUGUUGGUUGUGCAGGCGGCUCUACUUCGGCUUUUCAAAAAUGUACAAUUGUAUAAUUGCACGAGUUGAAAUAAAUUGAAGCAAUGGUGACUGUUUAUCACCAUCGGAUUGAAUGUUUAUCAUAAACUCAGUAUGGGGUCAAAUAAAAGCAUCUUCCAGUCGGUGGAUUUGGAUGCAUGCUGCAUUUAUUUGUUCAUUUCUGUAUGUGCACUUCUCAUAAGAAAUAGUACAAAAUGGAUCAUCCUCUGUUUGACAAUGAAUCAAAAACAAAGUGGAGAUAAACAUAAUACAUUGGCUUUUGAUAACAUCUAGACGACAUGCACGUUCCAUUCAUAUAAAUACAGAGUAUCAAAUAAUGGCUCCAACUUGCAAGCAGUUGAUUCAGUUAUGGGGUUUUUUUUAUCUAGCGACAGGACGCCACGCUAACUGUUCUGCUAACGGUAGGAAAUGUUUCGUUCUUGGCAAGCUUUUUAUAUCAAAACAUGCUUUUAAGAGAUAACAUGCCCCGUGUGUUGAGUCCAGACAUCAGAAGACAUCAAGUGAAGUCCUUCAGUGCUAUAAAGGUUUGUUGUGAGGAUCCUGUAAGGUGUUACAUUAGUGGUUGCAUCCUCCAUCACAGUCACUUUCACUGAACUGUUACUUCUGACUCUGUGAAACACAUUUUCUGGACCAGUAAAGAAAACAACGCAAUCCCUUCUCUAUAACUUUAGGAUAGCUUGCAAUGAGAAAUAAGAACAGCAUACCUAAAAUUAAAAUCUGCAAACAUCUGAAGUCAUGCUAAUGAAUGCAUGAUCGGUCUUUGCUUUGCCGGUAAAUAUUGUCCAUGUUCUACAGAUUCAAAUUAAAGGGUCAUGCUGUCACGCUCUGCACGUCGCCACAGAGCUUAGUGCAAAAAUAGUUCAAGUCCUUUUUACUUUUCAUGGCUACAAAGCCAUGUAUACAAUUCAUAUUUAUAGUGAUUAAACCCAAGAUACAGAUGAAAAUUAAUGACUCGGGCAUAAAUACUGAAACUGCGGUGUACACAAACCACAGCACUUGGUUUUCAAAAUAAAUGUAUGACAAUUAAACACUUGAUUAUGUUUGUGAAUACCUGUGCAAAAUAUCCUGCUGUGCAGAACUUAAAAGGCCAUUUAAAGCGUGCUAGUCGUUUACAAU